AUGGAAGUUUCCAGUGUCUAUAUAACCCCAAAAAGAAAAUCGAGAAAUCUAGCUACAUCUAGCAGCUCAGAAGAAUCGUCACCCGAAGGAAAAAAGUUGAGACAUUCGUACUCUCCUGACUCGAAGAACUCAGAUGACGAAGACCAAGUAAUGGCGGCUCUGAAUCUCACAGAAGGUGAUACAAAGAAACUGGACCUAAUUUUAGAAAGGCUCAGCAAACUAGACUCGAAAAUGGAGGAAUUGAACAAAACUGUCAAAGGUUUGCAAGGCAAAGUUUCCUCUCUCGAAGUAGAUGUUGUUUCAAUUAAAGGGACUGGUUCACGAUAAUGCGCAUGCGCGCCGUUUGUCUCUUCAGAAUAAAUUUGUUGGGUCAACACUAAAUUCGAAAUCGCCAUUACCGGUACAAUCAUUGAAAAUCCUUCGUUUUAUUCGGACAUCCGUCGCUUUGGCUGGUCUAGUUAUACUUCGGUAGUGGUGAUUAACGUGUGGUUGUGUCGUUUGACUGGUUACGUUUUAAGAAGACGCAAAAAAUAAUGUUUUGAUCAUGGAGGUUGAGAAGAGCAUCGUGGCCGUCCGGCAACAGGACGUUCUCAAGAGUCUCUGGAGAUAGAGAAGCUUAGCCUAUCGAUCUGGUAUGGUUCUAGGAGUAGUGUGUGGCAUACGAAAAGAAUACACGACACUUGGAAAGUGGUUAAAGGCAUGAGUUCGUUCAACUUUGAUUUGAUUUUUGACUCCGACCUGUAGUUAUACCGCAACAGGCCGCGCGAUCUUCACCGAUCUGGUACACUUGAAAUGUUCCUUGUAUCUUUGCUUUACGAUCGUAUAUGUUUAAGAAUUGAUGUUUUUAAAAUAAAUUAUUGCCUGAAUAUUCUGUUCAUGAUCUAGUUUCUUUAUGUGUGCUACUCGAUAACAUUUGUUUUGCGGAACACUGACCCGAUGCAACGCGAAUGAAUUUGUUCAUUUGCUGAUAAGCAAUUGAAAUUUAUGCUCAGUUAAGGAUAAUCUUUAUACUCAUACGUUGUGUGUUUUUGUCACCGGUCCGGCGCUAUUUGUAGGUAUUUCUGGGUUUAUAUAAGGCGAACUGAGGGAACAGUAAUAAGAUGUUUGUUUACAAAUUUUGUUUGCCGAUCGGUGACUGUUUUGUUAGCGUGGGUACAACCUCGUAAAAAUACACGUUGGUAAAUGUUUGUUUCAAAGCAGGACAGGGCUGUAAAUCUUAUUCUUACCGGCUGCAGCAUAUAUCUGAGGAGUAGCAAAGAAUAAAAACUGAAUUAUGGGGAUAAAUAAAAUCAAACCAAAUGCCCGGAAAUACUCUCGCGUCGCGAACAAUUAAUUUGAAUUUUGUAAAUUUACUUGCGUGCAUCUAACUCGCUUCCGAUUGGUUGAAAAACAAUCAGCUACUGUCAGAACUCACACAUGCGCAUUAUCGUGAACCAGUCCCUUUAAAGAUAAGCAGAAGAGUCUUGAUCAAAAAUUCACACAUGUAGAGAGCAAUUCCAAAUUUGUAGACAGCCACAUUAAAGAGCUUCAGGAGAUGGUGGAAGAAAGAAAAGAUGAAAUUAGUGCCUGUCGUAAACAAAUUCUGUAUCUCGAAGCGUACAGCCGCAGAGAGAAUUUAAAGUUCGAAGGAAUUCCUGAAUUACCAAAGUCGUCCGGUCAACAGAAUGCAACUUCGAAGGAGGACACGAAAGAAGUCUUAGCUAACUUUAUGGAAAAUGUCCUUAGGGUUGAAGACGCAAAGGAUAUGGAACUCCAGCGAGUACAUAGGAUUGGCAAACCGAAGAGCGAAAAUGAAAUGGCAGCCGAACCAUCAUAG